CGGCCCGGCCCGGCCGAGCAGAGCAGAGCAGCCCUUAGGCCGUCCGUCGGGGCGGCGCGGCCGGGGCAGGCCCGGCCCGAAGGACCCACAGCCGCCUUGAAAGUGACGCGUUGAAACCGCGCGAGAGGAAACGGCUUCGGAACUCGCCGGCCGGUUCCAACUCUUGGGGGCCUUCGCAGGUGUCGCGCGCGCGACCGGGCUCCGCACGCGGCGGCGACGGUCGAGGACGUCGCGGCGACCUCGGCUUCCCUCGCCCGGACCCGUCGGGGGACCCCGUCCGGAUCCCCAUGCCGCCGAAUGACGACGAGGUCUGCGGUUUCUCCCCGCGAGGCAUCCUCAUGAACUUAGCGCGGCGGAGGCGGAAUUCGGGCCCGGCCUUCUGACGACUCCCGCCCGUCCGGAACAAGGUGUCGCGUAGUGGAGCGCCGCAUCGGGGGCGAGAAAAUGGUGUCGGCGGCGCCAGAAGACCCCUUCCGCCGGAAGGCCGAUUGACGUCCCCCCCCCGCCCCCCGACCCCUCGAGGUGGCCGGCCGGCAUGGCGCAGAGCGGCCCGCAGCUGGACGGCCAAGUGCUCCACAAUCUCCGGCAGCGUUUCCCCGAGAUCCCCGAGGGCGUGGUGUCCCAGUGCAUGCUGCAGAACAACAACAAUCUGGCGGCCUGUUGCCGGGCCCUGACGCAGGAGAGCGGUAAGUACCUGUACGGGGAGUACCACGGCCCGGAGGACGGCCGCGUCAGCCGCAACCGCCUGCUGCACAUCAACCUGGGCAUCCACCCGGCGGGCGGCUACCCCUCGGUGGACGGCGCCCAGCUGAACGGCGGCCGGACGCUGGUCCACGGCUCCGGCGAGGGGCACGUGGAGCCCCCGGGGCCGGGCCCGGGGAAGCAGCUCAUCUGCCUGGUGCAGGAACCGCGCUCGGCCCCGGCCCUGGGGGCCGCCGCCGCCGCCGCCGCCCCCGGCUACAACCCGUUUUUCACGAACGAGCAGAACCGGAAGGCGGCCGCCACCCCGCCGCCGCAGCCGGCCGCGGCGGCCCCGCAGCCCGGCCUCCCCGGGCCCUCGCCCCCGCCGGCCCCGCCGCCGCCGCCGCCGCCCCCCUACGCCCACGCGCCUCGCUACGGCACGAACCCCAUCACGGUGACCGUGUCCCAGAACGUCGCGGCCGGGCAGGGCGGCGCCCGGGCCGUGCAGAUCCGGCCCCCGAUCCCCAGCAGCCUCUACGGGGCCCCCGGCUCCAUCUACAUCCGGCAGGCGUCCCAGGGCUCCCCGGCCCGGCAGGGGCCCCAGGCCGGCCCCUGGCAGCCCUCCCCGCCGGGCCCCCUCCCCCACUACGGCCCCCGCCCGCUGCCGCCCCUCUACCCGCACCCGGCCGGCUUCCAGCCUCCGCAGUACCCCCCCAAGCAGCCCCCGCUGGCGCAGUCGGCCUACCGGUCCCCGCCCUCCUCCCAGUGCCCGUCGCCCUUCGGCUCUCCCCAGCACCAGGGGCAGCCGGCGGCGCUGGGCCACCAGGGCGCCCACGUCUUCGUGCCCCCCGGGCCCGGCCCGGCGGCCCCGGCCCCCCCGUACCAGCCGCCGCCGCCGCCGCCGCCGCCGCCCCCGGCCGGCUACCAGAAGCAGGGGGCCCACUCGGUCUCCUACGUCCCGUACGCCGUGGCGGGGCUGGGCAAGGGCUCCAUGAAGAAGAUCGAGAUCACGGUGGAGCCGUCGGGCCGGGCCGGGGCGGGCGCCAACCGGAGCCCGUCGCCCAGCGGCGCCCAGCCCGCCCCGCGGACCCCGCACCCGCUCUACGGGGCCGCCCCGUCCCCGGCCGGCUCCCCGUCGCGGGCCGCGGCCGGCCCGCCCAAGCCCCCCUUCGGGCCCAGCCCCGUCUACAUCACCUACACGCCGCAGCCCCCCGGGCCCGCCCCCCUGCCCCGCGCCCCGCCCAACCCCACGGCCGUCUUCAAGAUCACCGUGGGCCGCGCCGCGCCCGAGAACCUCCUCAAUCUGGUGGACCAAGAGGAGCGCUCGGCGGCGCCGGAGCCCAUCCAGCCCAUCUCCGUGGGCCCGCGGCCCGGCGGCGAGCCCGGCGCCCACAGGUACCAGAGGACCUGCAGCUCCGGCUCGGACGACUACGCCUACACGCAAGCUCUGCUGUUGCAUCAGCGAGCCCGCAUGGAGAGGUUGGCCAAGCAGCUGAAGCUGGAGAAGGAGGAGCUGGAGCGGCUGAAGGCGGAGGUCAACGGUAUGGAGCACCACCUGAUGCAGAGGCGCCUCAGGAGGGUCAGCUGCACCACCGCCAUCCCCACGCCGGAGGAGAUGACCAGAUUGAGAAGCGUUAACAGACAACUCCAGAUAAACGUUGACUGUACCCUGAAAGAAGUGGACCUCCUACAGUCUCGAGGCAAUUUUGAUCCAAAAGCCAUAAACAACUUCUACGACCACAUAGAGCCCGGUCCGGUGGUGCCGCCCAAGCCGGCGAAGAAAGACGCGUCGGACGCCCCCUGCGUGGUAGAGCGAAAAGCCAGAAGGAUCAGCGUGACCUCCAGAGCGCAAGGCGACUCGCACGAGCCCCAGGCCGGGGCCGCCGCCACCGCCGCUCCCGACGACCACCCGGCCACGUCCAGGCAGGCCGCGUCCAGGCAGACCCCGCAGGCCCAGGCUCGAGACGAAGACUUGGAAGGGGCCCCGUGGAACUGCGACAGCUGCACCUUCCUGAACCACCCGGCCCUCAACCGCUGCGAGCAGUGCGAGAUGCCACGGAGCACUUGAACCGCCCGAGGCCUCGCCGCCUCGCCGCACCAUUGGAACGUCGGGGGCGGGGCGCCGGCGAGGAGGCCGCGGGGGCUCUCGGUCAGUCGCCCUCCCGCCCGUCCGUCCGCCUCCCCGUCGGCCCCCCCGGGCGUCGCGGCGCGGAUGGCCUCGGGGGGGGGAAAGGGGGAGGAGGCCGCGUCCACCCGUCCCGCACUCGCAGACGACCGGGGGACCGGUGGUUCCUCCUCCUCCUCCUUCCCCUCCCCCAGUCGCGAUGGGGAAAGCCGAAGGGAGGGUCGGUCCUCGAGCGUGUGGCGGGGGCGGGCGGCCGAGGGCCCCUCCGGCCGCCCCCACGGGUGUCCCCGGACGAGCCGCGGGCGGUCCCGACGGGCCUCACCUAAGGCCUCGCGUGGCCGCAACCGGCCAGGAAGCCGGCCUCCUCCUCCCGAACGACCGGACGGGACAAGGCGGCCGUUCUCUUUCCUCCCGGUCAGCGGGCAGGGGAUCUGUCAUUGCUGCUUGUUCCAGGGUAAUUUCCGUCUACCUACACGACGCUCACGCUCACGAUCAUUCACACACACACACACACACACAAGCGCGCGCGCGCGCGCGGACACAAAAACGCUCUUUGAAAAUGUGACCCGUGGGCCCGCACGGGGCCAAGCCUUACGUACUGAAGAUUGCAGUCGGCGGCGGCCAGACCCCCCUCUGCUCGUACUGUAUCCGGCAGGCGGUAUCGACACUGGUAACUCCCCGAGACCCAAUGCUGCCACAUCACGGAUGAAGAGAAAACGCCGCCGCCGGCUCCCCUGAGGCCGCUGCGAGUAGGCGCUAACGAGCCCCUCCCGUGGGCGCUCUCCCGCCCCCUCCCCUUUCUCCCGAGACCGUUGCUUCGUCCGGUCCGGCGUAAGGAGGGCGUAUGCCAGACGCGAGGCCUGCUGGAGAACUCCGGCUCAGCGGUGGCUAUUGUUUGCCCCCCCCCCCCCC